CACCCAGACCCUCUCGGUUCUUCCAUCGCCUGUUCGUUUCGAAUUAGCGAGUGUGUGAGAGAGAUCUUUAGGUGCAGGCAUGGGUCUCCCGCUUGAGCAGUGGCGCGGCAGCGAGGAGGCGGACAGUGGCGGCGGCAAGCAGGCGGAGGCCUCCGGGUGCAGGACGCCGAGCGGCUCCAAGGCCCGCGCGGCCGCCGACGGGGGCUGCCCCGCGCCUCCUAGGAAGAGGAGGGCCGCGCCCGGGGCCGUCUCGCAGCAGGGCGGCAGGGGCUUCUACGCCGGCGCCGACGUCGAAGCCUUCUUCGCCUCAAACAACCUCUAGUCUAGAAUCUAGACCUUAUCUAGCAACAUGCAACUCCAAACUCCUCACCGCCGAUGAUAAUCUAGCUUCUGUGUAUGGUGCACCAGGUUGGGGUGCGUAGUUAGCUAGCUAGCUAAGUAAGUGAUCUACCUAAGUAUGUAAGUUACUUCUCUGAGCUUGUGGUCGAUCGGUGCAUGCGUAAUGCCGCAGCGUUAGUGGGUUAGUAGUAUAUGUCUACGUACGCUCAUCUGCAUAUUUCUACUUGUUUGUGUGUGUCAACGGUCGUCUGUUUCGUGUCUUCCAAUCGUUUCUGUAAGAUAUAUUUGUGAACUA